AUGGAUGAUCAUUCAAUGUUCUCGGAAUUGGCUUCAUAUUACGACGCGUGUGGAACUAAAGGUGUGGCCCAGGAAACAUUUAUUGCUAAUGACCCUUAUUUCGGCAUUAGUUUGGCCCCAGCCAUGACGGAGGAACAGUACCUUGAUCCACGGUCGACGGUGAUGGAACAGGCUACCUCUUAUGAUACCCUAGGAGGCUUGUCCCCGGACCUGGAGGAGAUGAUCAACGGAAUACUGCCGGAAAAAGACCUUCCUGUAGGAGAAAUGGAUCUAUCAGUUGCCAACAUCAACCAGGAUUUGAACGCCAUGUCUCUGUGGUCAGAUGACUCCCUGGAUCUAGAUAACAUGGACCCUAACGAAAUGCUGAGUGGAGGUGGUGUGACCGAUUUUCCUGGGGGGCUGACGCCAUUAAAGCCACAAGAAGAGACCCGCAUAAGAAAUAAGGAUAGGAAAAGUUCCAGGCGGACUCGCAACGAACCACAGGUGCCCACCUGUUCCCUGGUGCUGCCAAAUAUGCAGUGCCCCUACCCACCACCAGAAGAGUUGGGGGUAGCCAGCCCUGCUUAUUCCCAGAGCGACAGUGCCAGCGGGGAUGAGGGCUCCAAACCCCGCCAGAGACGAGCCCGGGUACAAUACAACACACUGACAGAAGAAGAGAAGUACCAGCGAAUCCGAGACCUCAACAACGAGGCUUCGCGGCAGUAUCGAAUAAGAAACCGCCAACAGUUAUCUAAGCUGCAGCAACAGCUGGAGAAGCUGCAGGAGAGGAACCAGGUGCUGCAACACAAGCAUACAGGUCUCGAGCAACUCAGGAACCAGAUACGAGACUAUACAAACGGAAUACUCCGGAAACACAUGUCGAGCACUCAGCCCAGUCAAUACUGAGCUCUCUCCAGAUAGAUGACAGCUCAAGUAUUAAGGAAUACAAAUUUAUUAACUACAUUUUCUCAGCGAUACUCGUCUUUCUGCCUGUUCAAAGAAUGUUUAUACGUACCUUUAAUAUAAUUUAUAUUUAUACGUUUUUAAUAUAUAUUUUAGAUCAUU